AAUGUGAAUUAUGUAAUAAUGUAUUAGAACUAAUUAGUUAUGUCACUAUCAAAAACAAUAAUACAAUGUUAAAGCAAGAUGAUAUUUUGAUAAUUUCUAACUCAUCAAAUAAUGAGAAACUAGAGAUUGGAUCAAUGAUUGAUUUGUUAAACAUGAAUUUUGGUAGGUCAGGUGACUUAGGGAUUUCUCAUACUGUAAUAAAAAGAAAUGAUAAUAUGGAUUUUAAUUCUAUUGUAAUCGUGGAAAAUGAAUUACGGUUAUCUAAUAUGUUAUGA